AUGGAGGACAACCCACGACCACAUAAGCGCGUGAGGUUAACGCCUCCGGCAGAAGCAGAACAGCUUCGUAGUCCCCAACUCCUUCUGGCUCUUCCGUCCCUCCUACUUCAUCCACCAACACAUGCAAACCAUAAGCACUCUCUAUGGCUAUCUCUUAUGGCCCUCCGUCGAUGUCUAGGCCUUCCAAAUCCUGGCCAACAGAUUGGAAGGGUCAAAAGGGUCCCUUGGGACAUUUCGAGUACUCCCCUUGACGAAUGUCGAGCCUGGUGUGCCCUUGCGGAAAUCGGGGUCAAUAUACUUGAGGGUGGGUUUGGUGACGAGGACUGGACGGAAGGAAUCGAGGGAGAGGUACAGAAGGCGCUAGGCAAAGCUUUGGUCAUCGCCCAAAAGCAUCCAACACUAGCACUGUACCCUCAUUAUAUCACACGGCUCUCCGCUCGAGCGACUCCGCAGCGCGCCAAGCAACUUUUGAAGCCACUCAACAGCAGCGGUCCAGCGGAGGGUACUCCUGCCUAUUACUAUGCUCAUCUCGCAUGGGCCGACCACCUUCUCAACGCGCUCUUAUACCCCCAUGCCUCUGCGAAGCCUACCGCCAGACUGAGCACGCCAAUGUCGACUCCCGUGAAACCUGUCGCUCCCGACAAGAACCUGGCCCGAGAAUUAACCACUUUACGGGCAGCGAUGGGCCCUCUGUUCGGCGCAAAACAUCCUAAUGUGGUAUUGCUGGCGCAAAUAAUUGAGUUGAGAGCGCUGGUUGCGCUGGGCCGUUGGACGGACGUUCCGGGUGCUUUACAACGUGCCGAGGCUGCUCUGAAGAUCUCAUUUCCGAUCGUGAAACCUCCAGACAAUGCCCCUCAGCCCUUGUAUGCGACCUCACCCUUCCACGCUGCCGCCGUUGUUCACGUUCUGAUUCUCGGUGUUGUUUGGUUUACCUACUCCGCUGCUCAAGCACCGGGUCCAGCAACCCCAGAAGGAGGGUCAACAAAUAUCAACACUACCCCCGCUGGCGCACGCCUGACACUCCUUUAUACGGUUCUCGAUGCUGGCGUUUAUAACGGGAAAUGCCGCGACAACUCUCCUGAAGUAGUGCUGGAAAGCGAAGGUGUCCUCCAGAUUCCUCUUGACAACCAAAACUUACCGCUUUACAUCCGAACAACACACCCCCGCGUGUUAUAUGCGCUUGGCUAUCUUAUUAGCGCAAUUGCUCGACGGGACUUGGUUGGCCGCAAGCCCAAGCGGAAGACGUUCAUUUUGGAGGGAUUGGGGGUAGUAGAACGGGAGGCAGCGCGAGAAUUGAAGAUUCAUAGAUGGGCGAGUGCUGGCGAUGUCCGAGCGAUUGACCUUCAAAUGGCGAAAAUCCAGGCAGACCUCAAGUGCGAGCUGAUUGCGGUCAACAUCAUGCGAAGCGAAUUCGGGGAAGCGGAGAGGAAUCUUAAUGAAGUUAUUGCUCACGCGCGGACUUUCGGCUUGUUUGAAGGGACGCUUGCCCCGCGUAUAACCCUUCUUCAUGCACAACUAGCCCACGCUCGGGGUCAAGCUGCUCGUGCUCGCAAUUGCUAUCGAGUUGCAGGCCAACUAGCGAAGGCGGCAGGAGACGAAGGAGGUUGGGUAUCCGCACGAGUGGGAGAGGUUGUUCUGUUGAUUGGACUCCAAGCGAGGGCGAAGUUGGACCCCGCGAUGCAAUUUCCCAUGGCGGAGGACGGUCUAGACAUUGGAGAGAAAGAGUUGGAAAAGAUGGGGCAUGAUGUUGCCGGCGCUUGUCGCGGGCUGGGCGGCGCCAUGCGGGCAGUAGGAGAGGUUAUCGAAGGCGUGUUGACGCCCGAAAUUCUGACUGCCAAGCAACACCUGAAGCACGCUUUGGCGUACGCAACGGAACACCAAGACAACCACCUCCGCGCACUCAUUCUCGCGUUGAUCUCAGCGCAUUAUCUACACACAGCAGGGGACCAGGCCGGCAAGAUGUUGGCGACAUGCGAGCAACUCGCGGCCGGACUUGGUGCCCCUCUGAAGAAGGAGGACAACCGGCUGGACACCGCUGGCAAUGUGCCUUUGCGGCUCUGGGUGGGCGAGCGAUUCUUGGAGCUGCAUAAACGGACUGGGAACGCGGAACUUAUUGAGAAGCGGCUUGAAGCAAACAACAUCCUUCACCAAGCGGCUAUCUCACUUUCUCGUCGUUGA